AUGGCAGACCCCUUCGAAGUCCGCAUGCGCUUCACCACCCUCCUCUCGCACCUCUCCGCCUCCACCACCUCCCAAAUCAAAGCCGCGCACUAUGCCCUCAAACACCGCGACAUGGACGAAGACCUCCAUUCUUGCAUCCUCGAGAACCUAGAGCAGGGCAAGAACAACAUGAAUAAUAGGGCCAACAUCAUGUAUUUCCUCGAGCACCACGCAGAUGUUAACCUGCGAGAGGGCGGACAUAGCGCGUAUCUGGACAUGGUGAGGCGGGAUCUGGGGAGGAUAGUGGACAGUGUGGCGCAGAGUGGGGCGAAUGUUAAGGUUGCGAGGAGGGUGGUGGGUGUUUUGAGGGAGAAGGGGGUGUUGCCGGCCAAGAUGGUGGAGGGGAUCGAAGUGGAUCUGAAGGUGAAAGAGGAGCAGAUGGGCGAUCUAUUGGAGCAGGAAAACACGGAAGCAGCGCUGGAAGCAGUGGCCGAAGCGCCCAUGGAGGGUGUUGUUCUCAACGAGAAGGUCACGCCGCGGCGGGAGAGCAAGUCAGCCACCAAAAGAGAGAUCACAGAGCGAGAUCGGAAGGCGAUCGAGCAGAGGAUAGAAGAGGACAGAAUGCGCAAUAAGAGGUUGCGCGAGGAUGUCUGGGCUGUCAGUGGGGAUGAUGAUGAAGAGCUGGAGAAGAUGUGGGAGGAGGGGAGUGAUGUGGGUGAGGACGACUAUGUCAUUGCGCAAGAGGAGGCCGAGGAGAGGUUGACGUUUGCGAGGUAUCAUCGCGCUACAUUUGAGUCUGCGUCUACCUAG